AUGGCGGCUGUCCUGGAUGCUUUCGCACCCUACGUCAAGAAACUAAUCACAGACAUGGCGCAAGCAGAGAUGUCCAUGAUGCUGGGCGUCUCCGGUGAGAUCACAAAGCUGGAGGACAACAUGGAAGGCCUCAAAGCCUCUCUCGCGAUGCCGAGAGGAGACGCAUUACCGACACAAGCGUGCAAAGAUGGGCAACAAAGCUCAAGAACGCCAUGUGAUGAAGAGAUGGGUGACAGCAUUUUCGUUGAGGAUGACGAUGACGUCGAUUGGGAUGAUCCCAAGCCAUCUCAACCAGCUGCCCCGAUCGAGCCAGCUUCGACCACUUCGGCUCACGGCCCCGAGCCCUCCACCUCUACUUUAUGGGGCGGCAUGAGUAAGACCACCCUCGCCCAGAAGAUCUUCAACGAUGCAACCAUCCAAGAGCACUUCAAAAAAAAGAUAUGGCUAAGCAUCACCCAACAAUUUGAUGUUGUUGAGCUACUGAGGACAGCAAUUGAAAAUGCUGGCGGAGGCCAUGGUGGAAGGCCCAACAAGAAUACUCUGAUUGAGACCCUCAUCAACACCCUAUCAACAGGCAGGUUUCUGCUUGUGAUGGAUGAUGUGUGGAGUCAUGAAGCAUGGAACCAUGUGCUUAGUGUCCCAAAACAGCUGCAGCCUGACCAGGUAGUCGGAAUUGAUCCACUGAAAACUAUUGGGAUGGAAAUUCUUGAAAAUUGUGAUGGCUUACCGCUUGCAAUUAAAAUGAUUGGAGGUCUCUUGAGCACAAGAUACCCAAGUGAGCAUGAGUGGAAGUCUGUUUUGAACAAGCCAGCUUGGUCACUGACUGGACUGCCUCCCGAACUAGACAACCGGAUAUACUUGAGCUACGAGGACUUGUCCCCCCAGUUAAAGCAAUGCUUUCUGUACUGCUCGCUGUUCCCUAAAGGUGAAGAACUCGUACAUGGUGUAGAAACUCAAAUGUGGAUUGGUGAAGGAUUUAUCCAACCUCCGGGUGGUAGUACUAAUAGUUUACAUGAGUAUGGGUUCGAAGAGAUAGCAAUUGAGUACUAUCAAGAGUUAAUAAAGAGAAACUUUAUAGAACCUAUAGAAGAAUAUUCUCUCACUGGAUACAGCAUCUUAAAACCUUGUGCAUCUACGAUCUCUUGUCCUUCAAGGAUCAAAUGGACAGGCGCUGCUGAGGCUGAGCAGCAGCAACAAGGUGUAAUCGAGGAGGUGUGGGAAAAGCUCUGCCCUCCAACAUGCCUAGAGAAUCUACGUGUGAUAGGUGGAUACCUUGGUCGGCUGCUACCAAACUGGAUGUGUGCUCCAGCAUCGGUGGCCUUUAAGAUCCUGAGGUGCUUCAAGGUGUACUUGCACUCGACAUAUGCAAUCGAUUGUCCCAUGCUCAAGAGGAUCAACAACCUCUCUUGGUUACAGAAAAUCAGGAUCAUCGGUUGCCCAAAUGAGCAAGUGCUAAAAGGAGUCCCAUCACUAGAUUGGAUGAGAUGA